UAGUCGCUUAGAUACUACACUACAACUAAGUUGUUUUAAUUCGUUACUAAUGUUUCUAUCUAUAUCUCAUCAUCUAUGAGUGUUUACGUUUAUCUUAGAUGCUGAAGGAUAAUAUAACAUAAUACGUAUUUCUACUAAAAAAUAAUAUUGGAGCUUUAACCUACUCAAAUACACCGAUUCAGUGUAUCAACUGGGAAUAUAAAUGGAAUAACAUUAACUCAUAUUGUGCAAUUUUUUAGUUACGCAGAAAGAGUAGGGUGUUUACAAACGUGGAGAGAAUUUUUUAAUGCAUAUAUCAUGGCCACGUCAGAUUUUGUGACACAAUUUUACAAUUUAGAAGGUGAUUUGGUAUCGGAAAGAAAAAAGAAUUUUUUUAAACUUCUAAAAACGCAACCUUCUCUAAAUGAAGAUGAUUUGAAGAGUUUAUGCCCAAGAACACAUCUAGAAAGGCUAUUUCAAAUUGACAUAUUUAUUCAUUUUAAAAUGUCUUCAAAAUUACUGGAAGUAAUUAAAGGAGGAAAUGAAAUAUUUAUAAGCAAGAUUUUAAAACAUCCCACGCUUUUAUUGGAAAUUUUUGGGAAGAUUUCUCUAGAGGCUUUUGUUAAUGAUUUUCUUCCAACCACAUCUUAUGCAUUAAGAAUGAAGAUACUGAAGAGACUUUCUUUAGUCUUGAGCGAAUCCCAGAUGGACGAGAUUGUUUCUUCAGUACAUAAACGGUACGGACUUAACAUAGCUACAAAACUAAUCCACACAUGCAGUUCAAAGAAGAUUAAAGACUUUUUGUCUAACCAUGAAGUGGUCCUGAAACCAAGACAGGUUAAAUUUAUUUUUGAUAAAGAUACUGAACUAUUUUUAUUCUAUAUAAAUUAUUACAAGACAUUACCAGAAAAAUCAGAGUAUAGUCACACAAAUGUAUGUCAAUACGUCGCGUUAAAAAAUCCGAAAAUGUGGUAUAAGCUACACGAGGAACACUCCAUUUCUAAAAUAAAUUUAGGACGCAGAACAAGUAAAAACUUUUUACGUCACAGUAAUGACGAUUUUCUUAGUAGUAUCAAACAUUAUUCGGAGUUUUUAAAAUUAGAUGUUAUUGUUCGAAAGUUGCAUGGUAAUUUUAAAGAAGUUUAUUUUGAAUUCUUUCCAAGAGAUACAUAUAAUAUAAAUACAUAUAAUUUUUCCCACAAACUACUUCGACAUUACCCAAAAAACAAACAGUGGGAUAUGUUUGCGCAAACCUAUUUAAAAGUCUUUGGAAAUAAUAUUUUAGAUAACUUAAUUUACUUGAAUUCGGAUUUUAUAAAGUUGUUUCCAAAUAAAACUGUCAUGAACAAAUGGGCAGAAAGACACUAUAAAAAACACAAAUCAAAUGACUUGUUAAAAUAUUGUGAUCCGAAUACAACGAUUCCUUUGAUUAAAGAAAAAAUUAACGUUACGUCAGAUAUUUACGAACGAAAAAUGUUAGUAGUACUCUUACUAGAAAACUGUCAGAAAAAUGAAGAUUAUACGUCAUUAGAAGCGGUAUUAAAAUAUAUUUGUUUUCGACAUCGAAACGAAGACAAUACUUCAGAAAUUCUUGAUAAAAUUAGGUAUUUAUUUAAAUUGGAGAAACUUAAUCAAAACCACUGGAAUCACGUAACUGAAAUGCUUACAAUCUUAAAAUUAAGAAAACAGUUGUAUUACGGUACUGUUACAUUUUACUUAAAAUAUGUAGAAUAUUUAAUUCUCCAUGGAAAACCUCAUCGAAAAGAACUGAUAAGGUACAUAAAAGAAGCAAAUAGAAACAGUCUUUAUGUUGAUUUAGAAAAUAAAAAAGUCAAUAGGCAAAUUUUGAUUGAAAUAAUUAGUAACUAUCGAAAAGUGGAAGAAAUCGAUGACACAAAAUUUAAUGAGAAAUUUAUCAAUAUCUUAAUUGAUUUUAAUGAAAGUAAUACUGAAUAUAUUAUUGAUUUAUCAGAUUUUCCAGGAUUUCUUCCAUACAUAAAGUCAAUAUUGGAUUCUGAUUAUACGACGUUGGAAGACAAUGAGAGGAAUCUAUUAAUUAAGGUUAUCAAUUAUAAUUUUAAGUUUCCAGAAAAGCCAAUAAUAGUAAUUGAGGAAACUCGACUUCUUGAAAUAUUUCAACAAGAUAUUGAAAAAAGCUUUAAUUUUGGCCAUAUUGUGGAGAUGAGUAUAAAAAAACUGGAUCGAUCAGAAUUUGACAAUAACAUCAUCGAGUUAUUUUGGGAUAACCUAGAAAAAUUUAAAUAUAUUGAUUUCUGUCGAAGCAUUAUAAACUGGCUAUUUCUAAAUAAUCCAAAAGCUAUAACUCCUUAUUUCGAUUUGAUAUGGAUGGCGAACCAAACGUACAUUAAAAUUAAAGAAAUUAAAUUUAUGUCUCAUUUGGGUUUCGACAAGAAAAUUGUAGCCUAUUGCACCGAUAAGUUGACAUGGCUUGAUGAUUUCUUGAAAGAUAUAUUUAAAAAACAGGCUCCUAGCAGUACCAAAAUGGAAACUAAUAGCGAACCCAAGAAAGAAAUUGACCUAGAUAUGUAUAAAAAAGUAAUUGAGUAUCUCUCUAUAUUAUUAACAACAGAUGAGUACAUCGAAGUUAUUUCGAAACGAUUUCUACCUGUUAAAGAAAAGAUAAAUCUUGCUGAUGAAGCGUUAAAUCAAAUGUACUACUUACAAUGUGAAGUUGCAGGAUCCUUGAAGAAACUGCAUGAACCUGUAAUUGUUCUUCCUACGUUGAUGAAGUUCUGCGUAGGUGACUAUUUGCAGUCUGCCUUGCCCUCACUCUAUAGUGUUUGCUAUAGAGCUCCAGAGGAACUGCUGUAUUCCUACAUGGAUGUAUUAUCCAAAAGAGCAGUUUCCGUGAAAAAGCACGUAUUGUUUUUAAGUUGCGAGGUUCUGAAUUAUGAUUACGCUUUAAGUAUGUUGCGGAACUUUGACGAAAAUCAUAUCUCCAGUCAGAAACAUGUAUUCUCUGCUACCUUAAAAUAUUUUUGUAAAAAUCCUUGUGAAGAGUUGCUAACUUUGGUGGCUUUGAACUUAAGUACAAUUGAUAAAAAUGACGAUGAAACGUUAACGAGGUUGGUAAAAAUUGUUGUACCAAAAAAAUAUAAAACUGUGUAUAUCCAAAAAUGUUGGUAUUUCUUUGAAAAUUUAAGAAAGAAAGAUAUUAACAUACAACAAUAUUUACAAUUAUUUUUAAAUGCUAUUUUAGAUUCAGAUGACGUUUUAUUAUCUUUGACAAUUGAUUUUUAUAAGCACGUUAUUACACAUUAUUUUAAAAAUCCUCCUAAGGAUGAUCACAAUUUAUACGGCAUUACCCGCUUUGUGUGUUUUUUUUUACGAAAUGUGAGAUUAGAACAAGCUGGCAAUUUCAAAUUGAUUUUUGAUAUCAUUCUCUCAUUUCCAACACACGCUAUUAAAUCAUUUUUUGAUAAUUUCUAUGACUUAGCGACAGACGAUGUAAAAAACAAUAAUAAAAUUGAUACAGCUAAUAAUUAUUAUAUAGAACUGUUUAAACAACAUUGGUCCAAUACUUUUACGCCCAUUAAAAUGUUCAAUGAGCACGUGUUACUUGAUUUAUUAUAUUUUAAAUGUAAAUCAUCUGACAAUAUUGUCAAGAAUUAUGCAAAUGAAGUAUUGAUUUAUUUAGAAGAAUUAAUUGCAGAAUAUGGGCCCUAUAUUUAUUAUAAAUUUAAAGACUUAGUGUUGCACAAACACACAUUCACUAAAAGGGAAAUAUAUUUAUUUCUUUAUAAUAUUCUAACAAUUAAAAAUUCAACUAUUAAUUAUAUAUUGGUUAUUGAUUUAAUAAAAGGUCAGUCUCGUGAUAAUGAUGUAGAUGAUAUUCAUAGUAAAAUUAUGGAAAUUUUAAAGAAUUCAGAUCAGCUUAUUGUGUCUGUGUACUUUAACAGUUAUUUUGGAUAGAAUGUAUGAAUAUGUAAAUAUACGGGGUAAGUCGUGCCUUAAUGGCAGACGUCAAAAUAUAGCGAUUGAGCCAAACAUGCCUUAGUCAAUUGUUGCUCCUUUUCGUUCUACAAGGUGUUAAAAUUGAAAAGAUAUUUUCGAUUUUUUGCUAUAUUUUAAGUAUGUAUGGAUCGAUUGUUAUGAUUGUAGAUUUAUGUUUGUUGAGGUGACAAAUACGAAUAUGCAAACAGUGUUGGGGUCACGUCUAGGGUCGCUAGUUAUACUGUCCUAUCAAU